GACAGACGCAUAGAUAAACAAAUUGAUAAGCUGGAAAAACAAAUUAAUGGCGAAUACAGCAAGUGUUGUGUUCCAUUUUGUUCUAGUGCACGGUGUAUGCCAUGGAGCUUGGAGUUGGUACAAGGUGAAACCACAACUAGAGGCUGCCGGCCACCGUGUCACCGCCUUCGACCUCGCCGCCUCUGGCAUAAACAAUCAGUCAAUCGAGGAUGUUGGUUCGUUUCAUGAGUACAGUAAGCCUUUGCUGGAGAUCUUGGCAUCAAUUCCUAGUGACGAGAAGGUUAUACUAGUUGGACACAGCCUUGGAGGUCUAAAUGUGGCUCUAGGCAUGGACUAUUUCCCUCAUAAGAUCUCAGUGGCUGUGUUUGUUUCAGCCUUCAUGCCUGAUACCACACAUCAGUCUUCAUAUGUUUUGGAUAAGCUGGCGGAGACGGCUCCAGCAGACCCAGCAGAUUUCUGGCAGGACACCCAAUUUGUAAACUACAGCAACUCUGAUCCACCUCUCAUGUCAUUACUUUUUGGGCCUAAGUUCUUGGCAUCCAACCUCUAUCAGCUCUCCCCUGUCGAGGAUCUUGAAUUGGCAAAGGUUUUGGUAAGGCCAGGACCAUCGUUUCAAACAGGUUUUGCGAAGGGGGACAAGUAUUCUAAUGAAGGUUAUGGGGCAGUAACAAGGGUGUAUGUGGUAUGCGAUGAAGACAAAGUAAUUCCUGUGGAUUUCCAGCGCUGGAUGAUCCAGAAUUAUCCAGUCAGAGAAGUGAGGGAGAUCAAUGGUGCAGAUCAUAUGGCUAUGAAUUCCAAGCCAAAACAACUCUCUCGUCACCUCUUAGAGAUAGCCCAUAAGUGUUCCUAAUUGGGCUAUGGCCCAGCAUACUGAGAGCCCAUGUAAGAAACAUGUCCUUUUUUUAUUAAGUUACCUCUAUGAGAUACUACAUACAUAAGUGUCAUAUGAAUAAACAGUAUCAUUUUUAAAUAAAAAAAAAAUAAAUAAAUUCUGCUUAAACCAUGCACCAUGA